CCUCCCUCGGUCUCUGCCAGGCACAGAGGCAGUCUCAAGCCUUCUUUUUGUUGCGUUCCUAUAAAUGCUUUGAAGAAUUCCUCUCUUAUCCCCUCUCUGAAAAAAACCCCACAACCGGCUCCUCAUUGUGUGCCAUAGAGUCGAUAGGCUCUCGGGCCAGAAGACCUGAGAGAGCUGUCGCCCCUUAAGAUCGCCACAUCCGGUUCCCGGUUACUAUGGUAACGGCUGCAGUCACAACUUCAUGCCCUCUGACCUCUCUCCAAAAAUCCUUGUCCCACCUGGGUUUCCUUCCUCGCCUGCGCUUGCCUUUAUGAUCUGUAAACCUGCUCCUUAUCGCUCCCACAAGGAAUUUGGGUCCCAGGACUCUUCAGACCGCUACCCGCCCCUCGAGACGUCUGACCCCGCCCCCAGCGUAGACGAGCAACUGGACUUCAUUCCUGGGACGCGCAGUGCCGUCUUUCCAUUAGGGUCAAGCCCGGGGUGGGGGUGGGUAGAGUAGGUUCAGCGCAACCCCGCUCCUCUUUCUCCCAGGUGGUAGGACCCGCCCUCCGCUCCACCGCCCCCUCCAGGUGAGUGGUAGCUUCCCCCCCAGCGCGCAAGGUAGUGGUGACACACGUUCCCCCCUCCUCCGAACGCGAGUUGGUAGCGUCCGUGACGAAGUUAGCUUGAUCCUCCCACGCGCGCCUCCUUCCUCGCAGCUGCUGCGCCCUCUCCGUGCCACUGACUCUCACGUGCGGGUAGCCCACCCCGCAUCCUCGUCUUGCCUCGCUCCCAGAAGGAAGUGGCCGUAUUUCCUUCGCCUUCACCCAGGCAACGCGGGGGCAAAUCGGCCAGGCCCGCCCGCUGACGUCACCUCAUAGCCCCGCCCCCUCUAGGGUCCCAGGCCUUUGCGGCGGGGGUUGCCCGGGGGGGUGGGGGGGGAGUCAGUUGAGGCGGCGGGAGCUCGGCGGAGGGUGGGCCAGGUGACUGGUCCAGGCCAUGCCGAGAAAGAAGCCCUUCAGCGUGAAGCAAAAGAAGAAGCAGUUGCAGGACAAGCGGGAGCGGAAGCGAGGGCUUCAAGAUGGGCUGCGAUCCAGUUCCAACAGCCGCAGCGGGAGCCGGGAGCGGCGGGAGGAGCAGACCGACACCUCGGACGGGGAAUCUGUGACCCAUCAAAUCCGCAGGCUCAACCAGCAGCCUUCCCAGGGGCUGGGUCCUCGAAGCUAUGACCCAAAUCGAUACCGGCUGCAUUUUGAGCGAGAUAGCCGCGAGGAGGUGGAAAGGAGAAAGAGGGCAGCUCGCGAGCAAGUGCUACAGCCGGGCGGUGCUGAGCUGCUGGAGCUGGACAUCCGGGAGGUCUAUCAGCCUGGCUCAGUCCUGGACUUUCCCCGACGUCCUCCUUGGAGCUAUGAGAUGUCCAAAGAGCAGCUAAUGAGCCAGGAGGAACGGAGCUUCCAGGAGUAUCUUGGGAAGAUUCAUGGGGCUUACACCUCUGAGAAACUCAGCUACUUUGAACAUAAUCUGGAGACAUGGAGGCAGCUGUGGCGUGUGUUGGAGAUGUCUGACAUUAUUCUGCUUAUCACUGAUACCCGACAUCCAGUUGUGAAUUUCCCACCAGCACUUUACGAGUACGUGACUGGAGAACUUGGGUUGGCCUUGAUCUUGGUCCUGAACAAGGUGGAUCUAGCCCCACCGGCUCUCGUGGUUGCCUGGAAGCAUUAUUUUCACCAACACUAUCCCCAGCUCCACAUAGUCCUUUUUACCUCUUUCCCUCGGGACCCCCGCACCCCAGAGGACCCCAGUAGCGUUUUGAAGAAGAGUCGGAGGCGGGGGAGAGGUUGGACUCGGGCCCUGGGGCCAGAGCAGUUGCUGAGAGCCUGUGAAGCCAUCACUGCAGGGAAAGUGGAUUUGAGCAGCUGGCGGGAGAAGAUUGCCCGAGAUGUGGCAGGGGCCACCUGGGGAAAUGGCUCUGGGGAGGAGGAGGAAGAGGAGGAUGGACCUGCAGUCCUGGUGGAGCAGCAGACUGACUCAGCGAUGGAGCCGACCGGCCCAACCCGGGAGCGCUACAAAGAUGGGGUGGUGACCAUCGGCUGUGUGGGUUUCCCCAAUGUGGGCAAGUCCUCUCUGAUCAACGGGCUGGUGGGCAGGAAGGUUGUGAGUGUCUCCAGAACUCCUGGCCACACCAGAUAUUUUCAGACCUACUUUCUCACCCCCUCUGUGAAGCUCUGUGACUGCCCUGGCCUCAUAUUCCCAUCCCUUCUGCCCAGGCAGUUACAGGUUCUGGCAGGGAUCUACCCCAUUGCCCAAAUCCAGGAGCCAUACACUGCCGUGGGCUACCUGGCCUCUCGAAUCCCUGUGCAGGUCCUGCUCCGCCUGCGCCACCCAGAGGCCAAGGAUCCCUCAGCGGAACACCCCUGGUGUGCCUGGGACAUCUGUGAAGCCUGGGCAGAGAAGCGUGGUUAUAAGACAGCUAAGGCAGCGCGGAACGAUGUGUACAGAGCAGCCAAUAGCCUCCUACGGCUGGCACUGGACGGCCGCCUCAGCCUGUGUUUUCAUCCCCCGGGCUACAGUGAACAGAAAGGCACCUGGGAGUCCCAUCCGGAGACCACAGAGCUGGUGGUUUUGCAGGGCAGGGUGGGGCCAGCAGGUGACGAGGAGGAGGAGGAAGAAGAAGAGCUGAGCAGCUCCUGUGAGGAGGAGGGAGAGGAGGACCGGGAUGCGGAUGAGGAGGGGGAAGGGGAUGAGGACACCCCAACUUCAGCUCCAGGGUCCAGCCUGGCUGCCCGAAACCCUUAUGCCCUACUGGGAGAGGACGAGUGCUGAGUCCCUACCCUGCUCCAUCUGCUCCACCCAGCGUCUCUGCUUUUGGACUGACCUGGGGGUACCUCCCCUCUGCUGCCCCAGUUGUGAAUAAAGAUUGUCUGCUUUGUAGCCCCUUC